CUCGUUUCCGCCACCCCCCCCCUCCUCCUCCUCCAGCCGCCUUCUCGGAGAGACUGAUUCCCCCCACAGCCAACCGGAGCCGCUGCUGCCUGGGAGAAAGCCCGCCCUCGAAGGCUAGGAAGCUGAUGUCUGAGCCAGCAUGUCGCGGAGGAAACAGGCGAAGCCGCAGCAUUUCCAAUCCGACCCCGAGCUGGCCUCGCAAGCUCCACGCGACGGAGACACACAGAAGAGUCAACCCAAUCGGACCCCCAAGAAAAAGGAUGCCCAUGUCUGUGGCAGAUGUUGCGCCGAGUUCUUUGAACUACCGGACCUGCUACAACACAAGAAGACUUGUACUAAAAAUCAACUGGUUUUAAUUGUGAAUGAAAACUCUGUAUCUCCUUCGGAAGCUUUCCCUCCUAGCCCUCCUAAAGAUAAUCCUGAUGAACGGAAGAACAACACAGAUAACAACGUGGGUCAAGUUGAAUGCAGCGAAGUUCCUGAGCAAGACGACAAACUUGACAAGGAAGAAACCAUGGAUACAGAGUCUUCUUCCAGUGUUAGCAAAAGCACUAGCAGUACUUCCCAGACCGUCAACAGUACUAUUGCAAGCAGUAACUGCUCCACCAAGGGUACCUCAGCUCUUACAACCUCUCUACCUCAACUGGGAGAUCUGACCAUGCUGGGCAAUUUCUCCGUGAUCAAUAGCAACGUCAUCAUCGAGAACCUUCAGAGCACGAAAGUAGCGGUGGCCCAGUUCUCUCAGGAAGCGCGCUGCAAUGGCACCUCAACCCACAAGUUGGCCGUCCCUGCCCUCAUGGAGCAACUAUUGGCUUUGCAACAGCAGCAGAUCCAUCAGCUGCAACUGAUAGAACAAAUCCGCCACCAAAUAUUACUGCUGGCUUCCCAGAAUUCAGACUUGCCAACGACAUCUCCAAACCCGUCGCAGAGUACAGUACGAGCAUCAGCCAACCCCUUGUCGACAUUAAGUUCCCAUUUAUCCCAACAGCUGGCUGCAGCAGCCGGAUUGGCACAAAGCCUCGCUAGCCAGUCUGCCAGCAUUGGUGGUAUGAAACUUCUGUCUCCUCUACAGCUACCUCAGAGCAAUUCUGGCAACACUACGAUUCCAUCCAGUAGCGGCUUAUCUCCUAGUAUUAGCCUAGCUACCGCAGCGAUUACGACGUCAUCUUCCGACAAAGUGACUAUGAACACUGGAGGUCCACCGCUUGGCAACCCGGCAGGGACCGUCUCGUCAUCGCCAGCUUUUGCAAUAAGCAGUUUAUUAAGCCCUGUAUCAAAUCCUCUUCUACCUCAGCCCACUCCUAGUAACUCUGUGUUCCCCAAUCCUUUAUCCAAUCUUGGAACAGCCACAGAGGACUUAAACCCGUUGUCUGCUUUGGCCCAGCAGAGGAAAAACAAGCCGCCCAAUCUAGCCACUUUCGAAACGAAAAGCAGUUCGGAUGAAGCCUUCUUCAAGCAUAAGUGCAGGUUCUGCGCGAAGGUUUUUGGGAGCGACAGUGCCUUGCAGAUCCAUUUACGUUCUCAUACUGGGGAGAGGCCCUUCAAAUGCAACAUCUGUGGGAACCGGUUUUCCACCAAGGGGAAUUUAAAAGUCCACUUCCAACGGCACAAAGAAAAAUACCCUCACAUACAGAUGAACCCGUAUCCGGUGCCAGAACAUUUAGACAACAUUCCCACAAGCACGGGGAUCCCGUACGGGAUGUCCAUACCGCCCGAGAAACCGGUCACCAGUUGGUUGGACAACAAGCCAGUGUUAUCCACUUUGACCCCAUCUGUUGGCCUGCCGCUUCCACCCACGAUUCCGAGCUUGACACCUUUUAUCAAAAUGGAGGAGCCUCAGCCCAUUCCUAUCGGUCACCCUUCAUCUAGUCCUCCAUCUUCUGUCAAAAGCGACUCUGGCUCCAUUGACCCCGCGGGGAAGAACUCGAAUGGGCAACUGGUGGAAGGGGAAACGGGUGUAUUGCUGCCCUCCGGCGACAAAGCAGAAGAAAGCAUGCCCAGAGUUUCUUCCAGCGUGAAUCACUCUGUAACCUCCCCAGCAGCAGAAUCGGAUUCCAGCAACGUGGUGGCUUUUACCAGCCCGCUGAUGCCUCUCAUGUCCGACCAGUUCAAGGCUAAGUUUCCAUUUGGAGGGCUGCUGGAUGGAACGCCAGCCUCGGAGACCUCAAAGCUACAGCAACUUGUAGAAAACAUAGACAAAAAGGCAAGCGAUCCCAACGAGUGUCUCAUAUGCCAUCGAGUGCUCAGUUGCCAGAGCGCUCUAAAAAUGCACUACCGCACACACACCGGUGAAAGGCCCUUCAAGUGCAAGAUCUGCGGCCGGGCCUUCACUACGAAAGGCAACCUCAAGACCCAUUAUAGCGUCCAUCGUGCCAUGCCACCCUUGAGAGUGCAACAUUCCUGCCCCAUCUGCCAGAAAAAGUUCACCAAUGCAGUUGUGUUGCAGCAGCACAUCAGGAUGCAUAUGGGGGGCCAGAUCCCUAACACACCAGUGACGGAAAACUAUCCCGAGUCCAUGGAAUCUGAUACGGGCUCGUUUGAUGAGAAGACCUUUGAUGAUCUGGAUACCUUUUCUGAUGAGAACAUGGAAGACUGUCCCGAUAGUAGCGUACCAGAUACCCCUAAGUCUGCCGAUGCAUCUCAAGAUAGUUUAUCAUCCUCCCCACUGCCACCAGAAAUAUCAAGUAUUGCUGCUUUGGAAAACCAGAUGAAGAUGAUCAAUGCAGGGCUGGCUGAACAGCUCCAAGCGAGUUUAAAAUCUGUGGGAAAUGGAUCGGUCGAAGGGGACAUGAUGACCAACGAUUCUUCAUCGGUCGGUGGUGAUAUGGAAAGUCAAAGUGCUGGAAGUCCUGCCAUUUCGGAGUCUACCUCUUCCAUGCAGGCCUUAUCCCCAUCCAACAGCACAACAGAUUUCUACAAAUCACCGGGCAUCGAAGACAAACCACUACGGACUUUACCCAACGACUUUGCCAAUGGUUGGCCAGUCGCCUUUGCCAACGGUGGUGCUUUGGACUUGACCUCGGGCAACCCAGAAAAAAUGGUGAAGGAAGAGCCGCUGGGCAUGUUGUUUCCUUUCCGCGAUAGAGGCAAACUUAAGAACACGGCGUGCGACAUUUGCGGCAAAACGUUUGCUUGUCAGAGUGCCUUGGACAUUCAUUACAGAAGUCAUACCAAAGAGAGACCGUUUAUUUGCACAGUUUGCAAUCGUGGCUUUUCCACAAAGGGUAAUUUGAAGCAGCACAUGUUGACACAUCAGAUGCGAGAUCUACCAUCACAGCUCUUUGAACCCAACUCCAACCUUGGCCCAGCUCAGAACUCUUCCUCCUCCUCCUCCUCCUCCAUCGUACCUGCAAACUCUCUCUCGUCCCUUAUAAAGGCCGAGGUCAACGGUUUUGUACACGGCUCUCCUCAGGACCACAAAGAGACACUGCCCAGCUUGCUUCCUUCAGGACCUUUGCUGCCUUCGGCGACAUCCCCAGUCUUACUUCCAACUCUGCCUCGGAGGACGCCCAAGCAGCACUUCUGCAACGCGUGUGGAAAGACCUUCUCGUCUUCCAGUGCUUUGCAGAUCCACGAAAGGACUCACACAGGGGAGAAGCCUUUCGCCUGCACAAUUUGUGGAAGAGCUUUCACCACCAAGGGCAACCUUAAGGUGCACAUGGGAACGCACAUGUGGAACAGCACCCCUGCUAGGCGAGGCCGACGGCUCUCCGUGGACGGGCCCAUGACUUUCCUCGGGAGCAACCCUGUCAAAUUCCCAGACAUGUUUCCAAAAGAUUUGGCCGCGAGGUCGGGGAACGGUGACGCUUCCAGCUUCUGGAAUCAAUACGCCGCCGCCCUCUCCAACGGUUUGGCCAUGAAGACCAACGAGAUCUCAGUCAUCCAGAACGGGGGAAUCGCCCCCGUUCCCGGGAGCCUGGGCAACGGCAGCAGCUCCCCGCUUAGCGGUUUGACUGGCAGCCUGGAAAAAUUCCAGGAUUCGGAACCUAAUGCGCCUCUAGCUGGCCUGGAGAAGAUGGCAGGCAGCGAAAACGGGACCACCUUUCGGCUCACCCGCUUUGUGGAGGACAGCAAAGAGAUUGUAACGAGUUAGG